GGGGUUUUCGGCUGUGUGUGUAUAAGUUGGUCCUGUAGCAGAGUUUACUGUGAGUUUACUUUCUGCGUGUAGUGGAUGUUUGUCAUUACGUUGAAACCUCAUUUCUUUUUAAGUAGGAUUACUUCUAUAAUUAUACGAAACAAAGUAUAAACACCAGGAACAUAACAACAGCAUCAAAGUGAGGAACACAUGCGAUUGGACAUCGUCCACCUCCUGAACUUUUAUCUGUCUUAGUUAUCCACAUCGUUUCAAACUCUUGGCCUUUACAUGGAACAUACCUUCAUCAUUCUGGCGCACAGGAACAGGUAGUGAGAGUCAUGGCAGCUGUCCCAGUCCCGCCACCCCCCCUAAUCCCCCCUCCACCCCCUCCUCCACCUCCUCCUGCUUUGGUCAGCGCUAUGACCCGCAGUGACUCCGCUCGUAAAAACAGACUUCGUAAUCUGAACUGGGAGCGUAUCCCACGGGAGCGUGUGGAGGGGCGCAGGAGCGUGUGGAGCGGAUCACUGGAUGACGAUGAGGACUUCUCCAUAGACUUGAACUCUCUGGAUGAGCUGUUUGCCCAGAAAGCAGACAGCAAACCGGAAAGGGUCAACAGCUUUCGACGAAGUUUGAUGCACUGCGGGUCUCUGCAUGAAACUAACAUUGACAAAGUUACGCUGCUUGACUCAAAACGCAGCAUGAAUGUUGGAAUAUUUCUACGGCAAUUGAAAAUUGCUGCCAAUGAGAUUGUAGAAGAUGUGAGGCGAGGAGUCGGCCAGCGUUACGGAGCAGAGAAACUCUCAGAGCUCUGCAAACUUCUUCCUGAUAAAGAUGAGGAGACCAGACUGAAGAAGUUCAGUGGUGAUCGUAGUUUACUGCCAGAAUCAGAUCUCUUCAUACUCUCACUGGUGGAGUUACCAAGCUUUCGUAUGCGUUUGGAUGUCAUGAUCCUCCAGCAGGAGUUUGACCCUGCGGUGUCCUCCAUCUGUGUGGCGGCCAGAUGUCUGGGAGAGGCGGCUCGAGAGCUGCUGAGCUGCCCUGAGCUUCAUUAUAUCCUGCGCUUGGUGCUCAAGGCUGGAAACUAUAUGAAUGCUGGAGGUUAUGCCGGGAAUGCUGCCGGAUUCAGGAUUUCCUCUUUACUCAAACUGGCAGACACAAAGGCCAACAAACCAGGCAUGAACCUCCUUCAUUUUGUUGCCAUGGAGGCCGUGAAGAAAAAUAAAGAUCUGCUGAUGUUUCCCAGCCGCUUGACUCGCAUCAGUUCAGCAUUAAGAUUAUCAGAAGAUUCUGUGGAAGAGGAUUUAUCACGACUACAGACUCGAAUCACAGAACUCCGAAUCCGAGCUCAAUCAGAUGCCGAGAUUGAGGAGCAGACCCGAUCUUUUCUAGAGGUGGCAGACGUGAAGCUUCAGGAAGCUCAGGAUGAGCUGGAGAUCUUACAGAAGGCCAGUAAAGCACUGAUGGAGUUUUUAUGUGAAGAUGAAAACUCCUUUAAACUUGAGGAGGCCUGUCAUAUCAUCCACUGCUUCUGUCAGCGCUUUCAGAGAGCUGUGCAGGAGAAUAGAGAGCGAGAGCUGCAGGAGCAGCGUCGUCUGGCACGUGAGCGUGAGGGCGCUGAAAAGCGUCGCUCUCUGGCCUUGUGCACCGGACUGGAAGCAGAGCGGGAAUCGGACGACCUGGAGUGGGCUCUAAAGAGAAGUUUAAGUUACUCAGGGGGCCAACGUAGCCUGAGAAGACACUCGCAUUACAUCCCUGCAUCAGAUGAGAGAAAAAUAAAGUCUCCGAAUUCUGAGGACAGACAAGGAUUCAGUCAAGACUCAAGACUAAUGGUACAGAACGAUGACGCUAACGCUGUUGAAACCGAACUGAGGUUGAAAAAAGAAAGUGUAGAAGGUGAGAGUUUAAGCACAGGUUUCGUAUGUGGACUUCAUCGAGGUCCAAUGGCCACACAGUACACCGUGAAAAGCAACCGUAGGUUGAAUGCGAGGACAGUCCCCAGUGAUGAUGGUGCUUUUGUUGUGUUAGCAGAAACCACUAUCGUGACACAUCAGCAGGGGGUUGUGAAUGUCUCGACGCUCACAGGAAUAUCCACUAACAAAGUUUGGAAAGUUGAGAAACUGGUUCAGGACACUUCUGAAAGGCUGACACAGAUAGUGACCGUUGCCUCUGAGAAGCAGGAUUAUUGUGCAAAUGGCAAAGCGGUUCAGUCGGAAAUUGUGCCACGGACACAAGCCGAAACCGACUGUAGCCUGGUUGGAAAGACUUGUUUGAGCUCCUCCUGUCCAGAUGAAACUAGUCCAAAAAACCCAGAAAGUGAGCAUGUUUAUCCUCGAGUUGGAGAGAUGCUGGAGUGUCAUACACUGGUGAGGGGCUUACGCUCAUACGAGAGCCUUUCACCGCCCACGGCACGGCCGGCAACCAAUCACUGUUCCAAAUGGAAGAAAGAGCGGGAGGCUGAAGAGAGGAAUGGUGCUAGCUCGCCGCAAGUUAAGGAGGAUUCCCGUCUGGCAAAGACGCCAACGCGAGGACAGACGAAAAGACGAGUCUCCAACAGUAGCAGCAUUACAAAGGGGCGCACAAAAUCUGAGCCGACUCCUGCCGACGGUCCCGUUGCACGUCCUUCAUCUGUACCUUCUACCGCUGUGCGCUCGCAGCUAUCCGGACGCCUCACUCUCGUCCAGACGUCUGGAGUGAGACAGAAGGUGAACGUCCAGUCUGACGUCAAACAAAAAUGUAACUCUUUAGAUAAAGUAAACCAGGACAAAAACAAAAGCCGCGAGCAGUUUGUAAGAGGCUCACAGUUGCGGGUGGCUAAACGGCUGGCCACCAACUCUCCUAACGCGUCACAUAGCCCGACUGCUGCUACGACCCCGAAAACCAUCCGCACCGCUAUCAUCAGUGCAGCCAAAGCCAAGAGCACCAAGAGCCCCGUUAACAAAACACCCGGCCCUAAAGCUUCCAGAACUACCUCCCAACCCAUGUGGAGAUAAUAUUUGAUUGUUUCUAAGGAGCGGUUGUAUGGGCAUGGUUACUUCCUUUGGUUGAUGCCAAGGUUUUUGUAAGACUGUGAACUGAAACUCCUUUCAAAAUGACACUAAAUAUUCAUCCAUUCUGCUCGGACUGGACAGUUCACUGGAUCUUGAGCAGAACGUCCACCUUCUUCUCCAUUCAUUCACGUGUUAUGUUUUUCACCUACCAUUGAUUCUCAUUCAUGUUCAGACUAUGGAGACUCUACCUCUGAACACUUAUGUGUAAUCUAUACGGGUAACAGCGCACAUCUGAUGUCUGACAACAACCUUUCUUCAAUAUGUGUUUUUCUUGCCAUCUUAGAUUGUUAGCUCUAUAUUAAGACCUUUAUUUAAUUUUAAACUGAUUGAGCUGCCAUAGUCAAAGAGACGACAGUAAAUGAUUGAAGCGUGGUGAGACAGCACAGUCUCUCUUUGCUGGACUAACUCAGUCAAAUUGACGGCACAUCACAGUUUGAUAGAAAACAGUGAGGUGAAACGCAAUAAUAAUGUAAUAAUUUAUAAAACUAGAUCCCAAAGCAAAUGAUUUCAUGUGAAUAUGUUGAGUUCUUUCACUUUGAUGCACUUUACAGAUGAAAGAGAUUUGAUUCUGGUAAAAAUGAUCUCUAAAGUAAUCUGCUGUACUCGUCUUAACUGUUUUGAAAACAUUGACGCCGUUUUCUAAUAUUUGUAUUUUUAAAUUAAAGAGAAUUUAUAAAUAA